AUGCUCAACUGGCGAUCCAGCAAAGUCGUGCAGCAGUGGCGGAGGGCUGUUUGGAGGAAGACCUGCCAGAUAACUUGGGUUGGAGAGCAAUCAAAUGCCAGAAAGGGUGUGGUGGAUGAUGGUAGUCUGAUUGAAGGUCGCGCUGUCAUGCAGGAUGUGAGUGAGGUUAUCGCCGCCAGUCGUGGGCGGAAGGGUGAGGAGCAUGCUGUGGAGUGUGCCCCUGGCGAGGACCAUGCUGUGGAGGAGGGUGCACCUGGCGAGGUUGACAGGCCAGCUGAUGUCGACUUGGAUGACUGGUUGCAGUUCAGAAGUGCACGUAGGGAGGGGACAGUCAUCACGGUCAUCAACUGUACCAUCACGGCUGACGAUGACUUGGCACCUGGCACCGUGGGGGCCGUCCUUGCCUGCAACGAGAUCCGCUUGAAGGAUGUGCCUGACAUGGGCUAUCUGCGAACCGACCAAGUUCACAAGAUCGGCUCCAAGACGAUUCCUUGCCAUGGACGUGGAGAGAUUUGCUUCAAAGGUCUGAACAUCUUCCAAGGCUACUACAAGAUGCCCGACAAGACGGCGGAGGCGAUCGACGCCGAUGGCUGGUUUCACUCCGGAGAUAUUGGGAUGUGGACCCCGGACGGGCGGCUCAAGAUCAUCGACAGGAAGAAGAACAUCUUUAAGCUCGCUCAAGGUGAGUACGUCGCGCCGGAGAAGCUGGAGAAUCUCAAUGCCGUCAGCCCCAGAUCAUACCCUCAGGGUAAGUUCCGUAACAGCAGCCCAGAUUAUGCCAGGCUCGUGUCCAUCGUGGUGCCUGACCCUGAAAUCGCCAAAGCCUGGGCGAAAGAGUGGGGCCCUCGAAUGUAG